UGUUGAAAAGAUCGCACAUGGAGCUGUGAAGCUCGAAAACUUGAGUCAUAAAUAACCAGAUGUUUAAAUAUUUAGUGAGCCUUCUCAGCCUUUGAACAUAAAGUGGAUUUGAACCCAGAAUGUCAGUGAUACAUUUUUAUGUUGUGCCCAAUUAAACUGAUAUCGAAAGGGGAUGUGACCUUCUAUGCUGUAAGUUUUGUUUUGCAAUGUGGAUGAUAUAAAGGAGUGAGGGACUAAUCAGACAGGCAAUGUCAUCAGCUGCAGAAAGAGAGAAGAGGAGGAGUGUGCAGGAAAUCCAACAUCAUCUCAGGACUCGACUGGGAGGAGGGACGUUUGAGAUCCCGACAGGAGGAGAGAAAGUGAGCAAUGGUAUCACAUGUGAGGGAGGAGAGGAAUGGCAAGGUGAAGGGAGGGAGCUAGAGGACUCACAACAUUGAAAGCACUGAUAGGGUUGCCAGAGGCAUAGUGGGAACAAUCCGGAGCCAGUGGAAAGAGGGAGAACAUCAUCACAGGGGGAGCAGCGCGGUGCUGUGCUGAAUAGCGCAUGAAGAUUGAGUGAGAAGGAGAAAAAGACAAGGCAACCCUGGACACAUCACAGGAUUUGGAAACUGGAUUUGAAUGUCAGAUACAGACUCAUGACCUGUGCCUUCCUGCUUCCUGCUCAACUGGCUUUUAGAGACGGAGUUGUGGGGCGUCCAAGGGAUUCUUUUUGCUGCAUCGUGCUUCAAUACUCGACGCUCCUGAACUAAAACUGGACCUUUUGCUGCUUUUUGAAAUGUAUUUUUCAUCUCACUGAGCAUCUUCUGCAUCUGUGCUUUGAAAAACAUGGAGCUACCUGGAAACGCACAGGGAUUCUCUGGGGCGACUUUAAGGGUGGAGGAUCCUCGGAUGGGGGAGCUAAGAGUAGGAGAUGGCAUCAGAAUUGGGGAAAGAGACACCCCACUAAGACUGUCACCUUUCCGUAUGCUUCGAAUGCUGGACUCGUGUCGACCUCCCGGGAACCGCAUUGGUAUUGUCCACGAGAAUGUGAAGAUGGGCUCAGACGGAGAGAGUGACCAGGCAUCCGGGACAUCCUCUGAUGAGGUUCAGAGUCCAGUCAGGGUCCGUAUGAGGAACAACCACCAUCGACGCAUCUCAAAUGAGGACAUAAACAAACGUCUAUCUCUCCCAGCUGACAUCAGGCUACCGGAGGGUUACCUAGAGAAGUUUGCCAUGAACAGCCCGCCCUUUGACAAGCCCAUGAGCCGGAGGCUACGACGUGCUUCACUGUCCGAAAUUGGCUUCGGGAAACUUGAGACGUACAUUAAACUGGACAAGCUAGGCGAGGGAACCUACGCAACGGUCUUUAAAGGACGAAGCAAGCUGACGGACAACUUAGUCGCUCUGAAAGAGAUCCGACUGGAGCAUGAAGAAGGAGCACCCUGCACAGCCAUCAGAGAAGUUUCUCUCCUGAAAGACUUGAAGCAUGCCAAUAUUGUCACUCUCCAUGACAUAAUCCAUACUGACAAGUGCCUGACACUCGUAUUUGAGUAUCUGGAAAAAGAUCUAAAGCAGUACAUGGAUGACUGUGGGAGCAUCAUGAGUGUGCAAAAUGUCAAGAUCUUCUUAUUCCAGCUGCUGCGAGGUCUCGCGUACUGCCACCGGAGGAAGGUCCUCCACAGAGACCUCAAACCUCAGAACCUGCUCAUCAACGAGAAAGGAGAACUGAAGCUAGCAGAUUUUGGCCUAGCCCGUGCCAAGUCUGUCCCCACAAAGACCUACUCAAAUGAGGUGGUGACAUUAUGGUACCGACCACCAGAUGUGCUACUAGGCUCCACUGAGUACUCGACACCUAUUGACAUGUGGGGUGUGGGCUGCAUCUUCUAUGAGAUGAUCACAGGCAGGCCUCUUUUCCCUGGAUCAACUGUGGAGGACGAGCUUCACCUGAUAUUCCGCAUCCUUGGAACUCCAACAGAAGAGACAUGGCCCGGUAUCACUGCUAGUGAAGAGUUCAAGACGUACAAUUUCCCGAGAUACCACGCAGAGCCUCUUGUCAACCACGCACCCAGGAUAGACAAUGAUGGUCACGACUUGCUCUCAGUGCUUCUACAGUUUGAAGCUAAAAAGCGUGUCUCAGCAGAGGAUGCACUCAGACAUGCUUAUUUUAGGAGCCUUGGGGAUGAAGUCCAAACACUGGCAGACACUGCAUCUAUCUUUUCGGUGAAAGGUAUUCAGCUCCAGAGAGACCCUGGGAAGAGAUCUUCAGUCUACCCAGAGUCAACCAAUAAGCUGGGAUCUGCACCCUCGCAGUACUUCCAGAGAGAAGCAGCCAAUCCCAGGUCUCUGAGUCACAAUCUCUCCUCCACUUCCACUGGCUGAGUGGCCCCCUACUCUUCUGGCCAGGGGAGGAACCGGAGGCAGAGUGUGUUGUUCUAGUGCUGGCAGGACCACUGAAGUGACAACAGCACACUUUUUUUGGAACCCAUCGCACACGCAGACGGAGCGACACCCCUGUCCACUGGAAAACACACACCCACCGGACGAAGAGAGAAAAACACACACACACACACACAAACUGUUGGAGACAAAACUGCUCCGAACUAUGGCUGAAUAUUGUAUUUUUGACCGGGAAGUCAAGAGGUACGAGCUGGAAGACGAGUGGGAGAGGACUGGACUCUCCUUGCUGCUACUCCGCUGCUGUCCAGAGGAGACGUGAGACGACUGACGUGACACUUAAAUCUGUGAGAUGUGAGGAUGGAGGUGAGAGGAUGAACUUCAAGAUCAAGUCAAGAUCUGCUCUCUCUUGUGCUUUUCUUUCUUUCUAGACUUGUACAUAAAGGACCAGAGCUCUAAUAUUGCACCGACAUCCUGACCCCAUCUGGCCUUUUAUCAAAAACACCCUUCUACUACAUCCACACUCUUACUUCACAGCAUCAUUUAGAAGAGUCGCCAAAGGCGCUGUCCUUCACACAUGUCUUGGACAUGUUGGUCAUGAGGAAACACCACCAACAUGGAGUUCAUAGGUAGCAAGGCUAACUAAGCGCUAGAUUGCCCUCACUCAGACCCAGAUCUCCUUCAGCACCUUCAGAGGUUCCCAGUUACAGGAUGUGAAUGAAGCUCAGAUGAGAUCAAACCAAAAAGAACCUGGUCUCCACCUGUGAUCAGGAGGGUGAGAACACAAGUGACGUUACCACCCAGAUUUAGUGAAUCAUUCCUCACUUGCUUCUCCACAGACCUCCUCCUUCUUCUCCUCCUCCUCCUCCUCUUGCCUUGACUCGUCUUGAUUUGUGUGUGUGUGUGCGCGUGUGUGUGUGUGACGUGCAGGUGUUGAUGUCAAACUCCUCUCUUUGCACCUAAUUUUACCUCGAUGGAUCUUGAGUAGAUGAUCCCACCUUUUUUUUUUUUUUUUUUUAAAUCUAUCUGUAUAUAAGAUGUUAGUUUUUACUGGUCAGAAGCAAUGAUCACUCCGGGUCCAUGUUCUCAGUCGUGACCGUGACAGUCUGAGAUCGGUGGUCGGGGACGUGUUGCACAUUCCUUGAGCUCAGGACUUGAGUGAAGUUUUGUCGAACGCUGCGCAACGCGGCGGCAAGUAUUUGAGGAGAUUCCGUUGAAUGCUUCUGCAGAGCUGAUAUAAACUGUACGUGAAGAAGAGUUUUCUUCAGCAUUAAUCUUUUCUUUUAAUUUCCUCCUCAUCUAUUUACGCAUGUUGUGAUGUACACACUGUUUUUGGCUGGUAUGUGAAAUGGCUUUUGCUGGAAUAUCAAUAGAAACUUGACAGAAACAGGUUGCUUCCCAUCUGAGUUUAUUUUUCCAGGGGGCCACAUGAGAAACUGUUACUUUUAAUAUGGGGCUGCACCAAGAAAAACCUAAGAAUUCAGUCUCUCCCUACGUGUUUUAGGGAAUGUAGUUAACCACCAGUUAUAAAACUGAACUUGCACACAAAUGUUGUGAUAAAUGACAUGGUGUAGACACAUUGAAUACAUUAAAAUAUCACAAUAUUUUAACUAUGUAACAAGUCAUUAUGACAAGGCAAAGGCAUGUUUUGAAGUGUUGUCACACACAUUUGUGAGGACCUCUCAUUGACAUAAAGCUUACUUACCCCAGCCUUUCACCCUAAAUGCCUGAACUUAACCAUGACUUUCAAUGAAACUUCACCCCCUAUUAUAAUAACCUAGCUAUUUCGAUUAUUUUACCCUUAUGAGGACCGGCCAACAUGUCCUCACAAUGUCCUCUUGUCAAAUAUUGGUCCUCACAAGAACAAUAAUACAUGCACACACACACAGAAAUUAAAAUAUGAUGACCAAUAUCCAGAAUAUUAAGUUAAAAAUGCAAAUGAAAUGAUGGAUCUUUAAUGCAUGAAAGGUUGUUUAAAUGAUCAGUUCGAGGAAGAAAAGAUGCUGCUAAUUCUCAACCUUAUGAUUAUUAAAAAUGACAGAUUGAAAAAAUAUAUUUUUUUAGACAAACCGUGACAUUAUUUGGUGUAGGAUUACUUUAGUGAAAGGAAAAGAAUUAAACAAAAUAAGAAUAGUAUUUUAUAAAACACCAGAUGAAUAUUUUAUGUUUGAUGAGAACACAUAAAAGAAAAUGAAAUUAAAAAAAUGUAAUAACAAAAAAUGUCUUCAUGAAAUGAGAAGAAAUAGUGGUAGUUUAAUAAGAUGCUGUCGUGUUACAACAAAAUUUAGAAAUAUGUUUUUUUUUUUUUACAUUUCUGGGGGGAAAAAAGAAGAAAAACAUUUGAUAAGUGACAUGUAUCAUAUGAAGUAGCCUCAGUCUACCAGAUUAACUGUAACUGUUGAACAUGUUUCCCCACUGAACCAACCAUCUGGUUUGUUCUGCACUGCUCUUGAGGUCCACCAGGUGGUCACGUGACAGGCAGUUUCAGAGCAGCAUGUACUGUACAAGGAAGUAAACUGGAAAACCUCUCUGUUUGAGAGUUCAAGCACCAACAAACGAAGCACACAACUGUUUCACACACCAGUCUGCUGACAAACAUGUACUGUAUCCACCUCAGAAAUAGGAGCUUUUUUUUCCUUUUCUUCAGACCUGAAGUCAAAUGUAAGGAUCGCUGGUCUGAGCCUGUUCGAAGUACUACUUACGUUCCCAGUGUGACAGUUUGUAGCAUGUACAUAGACAAGCCUCUCCACCUUCUUCUUCUCUUCCUCCACUUUGUACAUACAGAAGUGUAAAGGUUUGAUACAGUGAUUCACGUUCUGGCUUUUUUCCUUGCUUUUCUUUCAUAAAAAUCAGCAAUAUUUGUGUAAUCAAUAAAGGCCAAGGUCAUAGGAUGGACAAGAUCGGUGCUGCUUCUGCGUCAGGUUUCUCUUUGAAGGGAUUAAAUCUUGACAUGUUGGCCUUUUGCUCGCUGUCUUCAUGAAGUUCUGCAAACACUGGUGGUAGUGGCAGGUCACUCCAUUUGAGUUGAGUGAGCUUGUUUUUAAAAUGCUCUUUUUUAAAACGCUUCGCUUAAUUCACAGAAUUUGUAUUCCAACCUGUCACAUAUAUUUUAAGCUCUCAGAAGACGUAUAACUGAUGACAUUUUGCGCUGAAUUACUCUCGAUGCUGCUUCAUGUUUGGACCUUCAAUGCACUGAGGAGUUAUUUUAUCAGCUAAGUGAUAAAAAUACACAACUUUUUUAGCCUAUUUAUGCCAAUUACAAUUCAAUCUUGUCUCUACAUGGAGUUUUUUGGAUCUUGUUGAGGGAUGACGCGUCUGUGGUUUCCACCUCAGAUAUUGGGUCUGUGGCCCACGGGUUGUAUCCACAGAGCACCGUUGGGAUGGCGUAGUCUCGGAACUGCAGACACACAAAUAUUACUCGCUGGUUUCACUUCACCUGAUUUGUUUUGUGUUACCUGUCUGUUCAUGAAGAUGUAGAUGAUGGGGUUGUAGCAAGUGCUGCUCUUGGCGAAGUACACAGGAAUGGUGGCGACAAGAGGGUCAAGGUCCAGACUGUGGUCAAAGAUGACGGCAAGAGCCAUGGCAGCGUAGGGCAGCCAUGUGACCAGGAAGGCCAGCACCAUCACCACCACCAUCCGAACCACCUGCAUCUCCACGCGGUUGGUGCUUCCUGCCUCGGAUAUCCGGAGCUUUGUCACCUGAGAGGGAGACUGCUGGAGUUAUCCCGCGCACCACCACACAAGCAACACACCCUCACCUGCCGCAGAGUCCACAGCAGUCGUGAGUACGACACCAUGAUGAUGGUGAAUGGCACGAAAAAACAAAGCAGGAAGUAUAUGAUCAUGUAGGACACGUCGCCAGCGUCUCGACUGGACCAGGUGGGGGCGCAGGAGGUCUUGAUACCUUCGGGGCUGUAACUCCCCCAACCGAACAGAGGUGGAGUGUUCCACACGAACGACCAGACCCAGGACAGGAUGACUCCUGCGAUCGCAUGUCUGAGAAGAACCACACUGGUCAAGACACAGUACUUUUUUUUAGCAAAGGUUUUUGGCUCUCACCUGGUCUGGAACAGAACGGCACCCAUGGGAUAACACACCACGAUGUACCGCUCGACCGAGAUCACUCCGAUGGUGCAUAAACCCGUGAUGCCUGCAGAGAAGAUUAUCUUUAAUUCAAAACACUGAACAAUAAUAUCAAUUUCUGUCCAUAAUAAAAAUAUUUCUAGGUUCUGAUUCUUCCAAAACUCUAUAUAUUUGUAGUGUUCCAUUUUUUACUUUCUAAUAAAUGUCAAAUUGAUGUUUUGUUUUUAUGCGAAAUCACACCCUACUCUUAGGAGCGUGCUAUAAAUGAUCAUUUUUAUAUAUUCAACUGAGGCAUGAACAUGUUUAACAACUAAAAACAUUACUUGAAUACCUUUGACAAAUACAUGAAUAAAGUCUAAAACAUUAACUAACUUAAAGAAGUUAUUGAAUUUUAUUUCAUUUUAAAGGGUCAAAUACAGAGAAUUUUUGCUGAAUGUAAAUAUUUUUUCCUAUAUUUACACUACUUUUCCCCCCUUUUCCAUUGUAUAUAUGUGAGGAGUGGAAAGAAACUCAC